AUGGCUGAAGAAAUGACAAUGCUAGAACCUGGAAGAGCUAAGAGGAAAUUUGUUAAAAAUCAAGGCCGUAAAAAGUCAAGUAAGAAAGCUAAAGUGAUGCCACCACCACAUGGACAGAAGAAAGUUAAAAUAGACAAAAAAAUGAAGAAACUUUUCCGCAAGCGAGCACGUGAGUAUAAUUCUGAUGAUGAAGAAGACGAGGCCACUGUCCCUGCUACCUCAGUGGUUAGAAGUGUGGCAUCUAUCACCAAUAAAAAAAGUGAGGGCGAUGAUAUAGAAAGUGAUGAUCUGUCUGAAGAUGAAGGUGCAGCCGGACAACAAAAAACGUGGAAUAAGAAUGCUACUAAUAUGAAGAAUAAUCACAGUUCUGAAGAUGAAGGAGAAGGUGAUGAUGAAAUUCAGCCGGGAAUUACAAAAUUUACUGAAGGAUGUAGAGCAUUCAAGAUGGCCUUUAAGAAUAUUAUGAAGAAGAGUGUUUCUGACGACAUGUUGGGUCCAAUAUUGUCAGGGCACAAAAAACUUGUUAUAGACAAACUUGCAGAAGAGGAGGCAGAACGCAAGGUCAUAGGGGAGGCUAAAAAGGAAAAGCAGAUGUUAGCAGAAAAGGGACAUGUUAAACCUGCUACAUACUUGGAUUCACAUGAAAAGUUUCUAAUAAGUGUUGCUACAAAAGGAGUGGUCAAGUUGUUCAAUGCUGUCAAUAAGGCACAAACUGCUCAGAAAGGGUUGAACCCCUCAAGGAAUAGGGAUGCAAAAGAGAUACGAAAGCGGGCCAAAGAAGCCUUCUUUUCAGAGUUAGGGAAACCAUCAUUGCCUGUAGUUGGCACCCUUGCAAAGGCCAAGGAAAGCACUGGCACGGUAGAAGAUGAUCAGCCUGCUUGGGCUCCAUUAAGAGAUAACUAUAUGUUGACAAGUUCAAGACUAAUGGAUUGGGACAAAAUGCCUGAUAAAAAUGUAGCAGAGGACAUUGGAAAGACUGCCGAAGAUAGUAGUUCAGAUGAAGAUUAGUAACUUAAAACUUGAAGCAAGCAGCAUUUAGAUUUUUAUGGUGGGACAAUCUGUCAGUUUUUGAAUAUUGUUAUAGUUGUUAUUGGUAUAGGAAUAUUUUACCCAUACAUUUUGCCAUCUAUGGUGUACUAAUAUUAUAUGAUUAAUGAAUCAAUGGCUGUAUGGGAUUUAAAAUAUUAGAAAUUUAUAUCCCUAUUUUUAUUCU